AUAUCAAAAUACAUUAAUAGCUUAGUGGUAAGGAAGUGUUCACAUCUACAUGAGGUUUAAAGUUUCUUGUAGUUGCUACUUUGAAACUUUUUAUCAGUAAUAAUAUCACUGGGCUUAAAUUAUGCUCCUUGGGCUUUGAUGCCCUGACCAGUCCUGAACCCUUGUGUUGCUUCCAACAGUUAUUCUAAUCAAGAUUCUUACUUACAGUUAAAAUUAAUCGGAGAAUCCAGAGAACAAAACAUAUGAGCCUUGGAAAUGACGUUAAAAUUAAUCGGAAAAUCCAGCCGGUUGCAUCAAAGCUCUAUGCUGUUCAAGAACAGCAUAACUGCAACAUAUAUAAAUACACACACAUAUGCAUGAUAGUGGUUGUUAUAUGCAAACAUCUAAAAUGACCAACAUUUCAUAUUUAUUGCUAUUAGUUUUUUCACCUUACCUUCUUGGUUUUCCCGUUGCAAGUGCGGAUAACCAGAUCAAGAACCUCAACAAACUGAUCAAAUCGAGAGGAUCUGAGAGUCCGCCAAACGCAGAUCCAUGGACUGAACAGGAUGUAUCCAACUUAUCUCCGGUUCAUAUUAUACCUCAAGAAGGGUCACAGGAAGCAGACAGGAUUGACAGGCUGCCAGGCCAACCACAAGUCGAUCUUGAUCAAUAUGCUGGCUAUGUAACAGUUGAUCCACAGGCUGGAAGGGCCUUGUUUUAUUACUUUGCUGAAUCACCUCAGAACUCUUCAACCAAACCUCUCGUCCUAUGGCUUAACGGAGGGCCCGGAUGCUCAUCCUUUGGAUAUGGAGCCAUGGAAGAACUUGGACCAUUCCGAGUAAACAAUGAUGGGAAAACACUCCACCGCAAUGACUAUGCAUGGAACAACGGUAAGAAAAAAAUCCUUUCUUUCAUCAAAGUGGCAAAAACAGUCGCAUCCAUUAUUUCCAUAUAUAAUGCAAAAGUCUAAAUUAUGAUACACCAACAGUGGCUAAUGUUCUAUUCUUGGAGUCACCUGCUGGAGUGGGAUUCUCCUAUUCAAACACAUCAUCC